UAAUGAGGGACGUGUGGUGCUUCUCACCGUUAACUUGCACCAAUGCCCAUCCGAUCGAUCUUCGUCACCGGCGCCAACCAAGGCCUGGGAUACCACACUGUCCACAACCUUGCCAAAACGCCCAAUGUUCUCGUCUUCCUCGGCGCACGCGACCUCUCCAAGGCUGAGGAAGCACUCGCCAAGUUCGCAUCCGACGUGCAUCCCUCUUCUACCGUCGUCCCAACCCUCAUCGACCUGACGGACGAGAAAACGAUCAAGACUGCCGCGGAGUCCACAGCGAAGAUCUUGAAGGAGAAGGGCGCUGCUGGACUGGACGCGCUCGUGAAUAAUGCCGCCAUCGGCCAAGGCCCCGACGCGCUCGUCUACGCUACGAAUGUGGCAGGCACAGUCGCCGUCAAGAAUGCGUUCUACCCCCUCCUCACCACGACCGGCGGUGCGGCCAUCGUGAACGUCUCGUCGACCCUGGGAUCGCUCAAGUGGCACACCGAACGGCCGGCCCCGCCCGUCUAUGGGGCAUACAGCGCCAGCAAGUCUGCGCUUAACAGUUUCACGCUCCAGUGGACCAUCGAGGAGGAGCAGCGGAAGUCCGGGAUCAGAGUCGUGUCGAUUUGCCCAGGCUACAACGCAACCAAUAUGAACGGAUAUGGGGGGACCAAGGAUCCCGCAGAUGGUUCGAUGGUCAUCGUCAAGGAGGCUCUGGCAACAGAGGGAGAAAGUGGUCGUUUCUUCAAUGAAGAGGGGCCGAUUGGGUGGUAAACCGUAGUACAAAUUCAAAUCUGUAUCAUUCAACAAUCCCUCGAUCGCUCGCCGGUACCGGCAACAAGCUGGCGGCAUAUAUCCUUGCCUCGGAACACGUGACCGCGUAUUCGACCGAAACAGCUGCCUCAAAUACACUUCGUUCUCCGCAAGUCGAGUUGAAACAUGUCAAAUGAGC